AUCACGUGAAUUAUAUUUGAGCUGUUUCCUAUUAAUACACACCCAUAUGUCUUUCUGUUCCACAUUGACACGGAUUGUUAUUUCAUGAAGAAAUGUGAUUUGAAAAAUUUGAUAUUUAAAAUUUGAAUAACAGAAAAACGAGAAGUAAAAAUUACUAUGCGAAAUAUACUUUUCCUGCUCAUUCUCUCUGUUUCUCAUAUUAAUGCACUGAAUUCAACUACAGCGGAGGAGAUUCAAAAUGACUUCAAAACAACUCUACAAGAUGAGGUAACAGGUACAAUACGGAUAACUCCUAAGCUUCGUCUUCCGGGUGUAAACCUUCCUUUCGUAAACUUUAAGAGCAGGGAACACGCUUGGGAAGUUUUCUUCAUGAGUUUGAGUACAUGUUCCGGCAAUAAGCUCUUCAAGGCGAAAUUGCUAUAUACUCGUUCGAUAAUGAUUCAAUCCAUGGACAAGUUUUGGGACGAACCGUAUAUGAAGAUUCUACUAUUUUUUCCGAUUUACGACUUCAAAUACUCAGAACAAGUUACAAUUGGGAAAACAUUCAAAUGUUUUCACGAAGUCUUUAGUGAUCCUUUUGACACGCAGAAGACAAUUCGAAUCAGCGAUAACAGCUUAAUCCCGCCUCUUACAUCUAUCAAAUUAAGAUUCGUCCCUUUCGUAAGUGAAUUGGUAUUUUGUCAUUUGUAA